AUGACGCUGGUGGCGUCAACAUAUGCCGCUACCAAACUUAGCUUUUUCCUUUUAGAUAUAGAAAAAGCUGUCACUCCAGGAUUUCAGUGGUUUGUUUUAAACUCGGGUGUCGACUUUGUGGCUGAGGGUCUGUUAGAUAUAACAAAACUCAAAGUGGUAUUUGCCCAUACUGGAUCACCAAUGACCUGUCAAAACAUUAAAGCAUCCAGAAAAAAUGCCAAAAGUACUUUUCAUGUAGAAUGCACAUUGACAUUCUGUGGAACAUAUGAUAUCGAGUUUGGAAAAGAAAAAUUCAAAUAUAUUCAUUGUAAAAUACUUGAAUUUAUUAUUAACUUAUUUGUUUAUUGUUUUGUUAAACAAGAUCCAACUAAUAUGAAUGUACCAAGUAGAUUAUCAGUUGGAGCAACAACGAUUUUUACAGCUGACAAUGUUCGUGGUAUCAAGAAUUACACUUUAGAUGGCAUCGUCGGUACCACUUUCAUCAAUUACAUCAAUGAAAACACUAUGAGUUUUCAAGUUCCGGUCGGAUUCCCAAUUGGCAACAAUAAUUUAAAAUUCUUUGGACGUCGAGACGAAUUAUUGUUUGGACCACUCAAAGUCCAACUAUUUGCUAUAUCUCUAGACAUGGUUGAGGUCGUUGACUUUGUUGAUGUUCCAACUAUAAAGAUCACUGGUAAAGGUUUAGAAAAUUUGGGUUCUCCUCCAAUCGUCAAAAUGACUGAUACCACUGUUAAUCCUCCAGUCGUUACCAAUUGCUUUGUCAAGGAUUCAUCGCUUUUUAUUAGAGAUAGAGUAUUUAAUCCAACCGCCCAAAAAAAUAUAAUGGUAGUCUAUACUAAAGAAAUUGUCGCUGGUGUCGCACCGCAAUUUUAUGCUUCCACAAAAUUACUCACAUCCAAUCUUCUGGCUCCAAAGGUAUUGAUAUUUAAUGACUAUUAUUAUCAAAUCAAUGUCGACAUGCCAGCAGAAACAGAUUUUUCUUCACCAAAUGCAAACCAUCAAUAUGAUAUCGUUAUGGUUUGGUCACCCAACCCACCCGUAGUCAUUCCAAGUACAUCCAUUCCAAUUUCAUUCUCCCAAUCCAAUCCUGUCAUUACCAAGAUCUAUCCGCCCGCUGCCAGAUACUCAUUCCAAAAUUUCGCUACCGAUCCAGUGGUAACACAAAUCACCAUCUAUGGAACUGGAUUCGAUUCUAGAAUCGCACCACAAAUUCAGUUCACUGGAGAAGGUCCUUUUACAGGAACAUUCGAUUGUGAGACCAUUCAAAUCAGCACUUCUUAUCUCACUUGUUUCAUCAAGAGUCAAUAUGAAAUCGAUACCAAAGUCCGAUUAAUCUAUAAUAGUGCUAUUCUAUCUGCUCCAUUCCCAUUCACUUUCUUUGGUCUGUCUUGUUUAGGUCGUUCGCCAGACCUCAACGUUCCGAAUCUUCCAGUGGAUUGGUCGUUUACCUAUAAGUUUCGUCAGAACGAUAAGACACCGAUUGAUGAAAAAGACAGUUAUCUCUAUAUUGACAAUAAAUACGAUCUCAAUGUCGAGCGACAUCAAGGAUUGACCGAUAUCACCAGAUCAUUAUCACCAAUGGCAGCGACAUUCGAUCAAAUCAAAUAUGGUUAUUCCUAUUACUUCUACAAUGAUCAGGUUGGAAUGCGUAACCCCGACGGUUCCAUUGUGAAUCCCAGCGUGGAUCCACUCCACCUGCACAGUAUUUAUAAAAAUUCCGACCCUGGACAUACCAAAGGUUUGGUUAUUUACGAUCACGAUACUGGAAGUGGUCUUCACAUUAUCCAUUCGCAACCCUACUGGCCAGCUUUCACAUACAACGGUCCGAACGCUCCGAACCCCGGUGUUCCAUUCACAAAAAAGGCGCCAUAUGAUUACUAUGAAAUCAAUACACCUAAUUGGCUUGGUGAUAAAAAUCUGAAUCAACAUUUCUAUUGUUAUACUUUCGGUCCUUCUAACGACGAUAAGACUGGAAUCAAUAUUGUUUCUCAAUACAUUGGCCAGAAUAUGCCAUUGAUAUUCCAAUCGGUCAACAAGGGAGUCGCAACACGAUUCACAUUACUAUACAAACUCAUAGCUACCGGUAGUACAAACGAUGGUACUACACUAUCAAUACUUCCCAUUAAGAGAAUUUGUGAUCAAGCAACUUCCACACCUCUCACAGACCUUAAGGAUAAAUGCUGGUGGCACACCGACAUGACAACUAAAAGCGGUAUCCCAUUGAAUAUCUUUUCCAAAUCAUCAAAUACUUACCAUGAAAAGAAUGUUAUUAUGAAGGCGGCAAGUCAUGCCCAAGGUGCUCUUAAUGUAGAGAAAGAUCCCAAUAUAAAGUACCUAUUGAAGGGUUUCGAUAUCUAUGAGAAAAUGCUUGAAACUUUUAAUCCGCCUUCCGUACCACUUAUACCUGAACGACCGUUUUUUGUUCAGUCUCUUCAGAUGGGUGGUUCCAGGAGAGCUUACCAAAGAGUGGAUCCUCAAAAAUUAUUGGCAAAUGUAGAAGACUCUCUGGAAACCUACCGUCCUGAGUAUCUUCAGGAGGGCUACGUUCACCAUUCCGACAGAGACCAUUCCAAACUGAUGUUUAACAUGCGUCCACAACCAUGGUCAAACGAAAGGUUUGACAAUAUUUUCUGUGCAGGUGACAGCAAUCGCCAUCACGGUCAAGGUAUACGUGGAGGUGGUGCAGCCUGUUUCGUCAGCAAGGAGCUAGUUAGCUAUUUUACGAACAGAGUUGGUCGUUAUUCCAAUAUUAACAGAGGCGCUUUACAGCAUACAUUUGUCAUUCAGUCACACAAAAUGAGUACUCUUCCCACUUGGUUAAGAAUGGCCGUGAUCAGCAUAAAGAUUACGACCUCAGAUCUUAUUCCUACAACAAUACCAGAGGGUAGCCUUUUUGAAACUCUCCGGCAAGUAGCAUUCGAUGGAGUGACAAACGAGAUUAUUCCAACUUAUCCAGCAACCUUAUCGGUUUUGGACAAAAAAGAAACUUUCUCAGUGACCAUUCCUAUUUACCGUAGUUUGCCAAGUUCGCAAUUCGAGUGGGCUCUAACGUGGCCAGUCAAAACCAAAUCACAUGUCCACCCAAUUAUUAUCAGACAACUGAUGGCAAUGAAAACCCCAAAAUUUGAAUUGUGUUAUUGCGCUGCCGAGCCAUGUAACCUUGCUAAUGCCAUGCGUCUUGAUACAAGAAUAGAUGUUGCCAGUGGCGACCUAUUUGAGGAUGUUUCAUAUUAUGCAUUGCAGACAUACCAAAAUUACUUAUCAUAUGCUGUACCAGCAGAAAAUCCAUUGAUAUUUAUCAACGAAUAUCUAAGAUUAGUUCAAGACAAAAUUCUUUUGCCAAGUAUUCCAAGCUUUGUUAUAGUGCAAUCAAAUGGACCGACCAGAUUACAAAAUAAUAUUCUCUAUCUUAAAGAUUUGACAUGUAAAGAGGAAGUCGCAUAUGCAUUAACCUUGAAGAUUAUUGAUACACUUUUGCUUGGUAAAACUGAUGUUGACAAAGUAGUUCUUCAAGGAAUGGCAUGGGCAGUCUCCAAAGUUUUAACCAACUUAGUUACCCUACAAGGUGGGUCAAUAGUAAGUGAAUGUUUCUCAGAGAAUCCAGAAGGUGUGGCUGGUAUUGAUUUAGAGGGCUCACAAAAUAGAAUCCCUCCUCCGACUGCAUAUUGGUAUGCUGCCACAUUUUGGGAUUGGAUGGAUAUAUUGGAUGAUGAUGAUAAGGGUCCUUAUCCUAAAUCAAAGAUCGGUGAUUCCAACAAACCAACGUUAAUUCCAUGGAUCAAUUUCUUAGUAAAUGUUCGAUCUUGUCAAACUAUCAAGUCGCUCUAUGAUUCAUUGGGUGGAUUCCUAAAUACAGCAAAUAAGAAUAUCAUGUUUUAUAAUGGAUAUAGAGAUCCUUCAGUUCCUCCUGCACCAGUAGUUCCUCCUGUCAUGGCCAGCCGUUUCAAUUUAUUAUUCCAAUUAACAUCGGAUAAUAUCCCAUCUUAUACCUCUGAUGUUCUCAAAGAGUUAUUAGUUGAUCCAGGUUAUUUCACCAUAGACCAAUUGAAUGACCUUGACCAGACUGAAAUGGACAAGAUUUUCGAAUCCCUUGCACUUUGGCACUCCUCCAACGUGACAAACUAUGGCAUCAAAACGAUCUUGGAAGCACCAAAGAGUUCAGCACAAGCAAACAAACCUCUUCAAUUCUUGUCAUCUCUCCUCCUCAUUAAUCCAUUGGAACCAUUCAGUAUUUGUGAAUCAUCAGAUCCAUCGAUCUUGAGAUUAUGUGAUCCAUUCUCCUUGGUUUCACUCACCAAUCUAUUGCAAACUCAUAUCUAUUCUCACCAUGAGCUACUAUCAUUGGAAUCAGACCUAAAGUUCUAUUACAUUGAUAGUAAAACAGCAGGAUCACCGGUGUUGGCAAUUGCAACACUCAAAGGUAGAAUAUGUGAUUUCACACUUGUCACACCACCACUGAACACAAUUCAAAUUCAAGAUAGUCUUUGUUUGGGAAGUGGUCCAGUCAUUUAUGGUGUUUCUGCCCCCAGUUUGAGACCAACCAACGGUAACUAUCCAUUGGAUGUCUAUGCAUUCCAUAUCAAGCCAGGUAUGAUAGUGAGCAUUGGAGAUCAAGAUUGCCUUCAAUCCAACUAUAUCAACAGUACAUACAUCCAAUGUGUCGUACCACCUGGUUCUGGAAUUCAAUUCAUUUCCAUUUAUGAUGAAUCAACCGAUUCAUAUGAUUCUCAAUCGACAGGGUUCACAUUCUCAUAUGAUUUACCAACUGUUGAUUCCAUUUCACCAAUAAUUAUCCCAACAUCUGGAUCUCAACUCACCAUCAAUGGUAAAAACUUUGGAACAGACAAUUCAACAAUUUCAGCUACCUUUGGUAAUAUUCGUCUAAAUCUUGUAUCAGUAAACCAUACUAGCAUUAUCGUUGAUAUUCCAGCCGGAACAGGAUCAAAAUUAUUCAUAUCGUUGAAGUUCAAUGGAUAUACCAUUCCAAACACUCUUACUUUCUCUUACCAAGUCCCAGUUAUUACAUCGUUCACUCCAACAACUGGUAAUGCAUUGGAUAUCUUGAGAAUCGAUGGUUCUGGAUUCGGUGCCAAUGUGACAGGUGUCAAAGUUUUUGUUGGAAUCAAAGAAUGUACUAUUCUUUCAGUUUCAGAUUCAAUUAUUAACUGUAGACUACCAGUUGGAAUCGCCAACAAAUACAUUUCAAUCCAAACACCAAACACCCAACUAGUCAUGUCAAGCCAAUACUUUAGAUAUAAAUCAUCUGUAAUCAACUCACAAUCGGCAUCGAUUCCAACACUUGGAGGAUUAAUGCAAUUCAGAGGUAGUUCAUUUGGUGACUCACUCAAUGAUAUCGUCUAUGCCAAAUUUGAUUCCCAAGCAAUUGAUUGCAAGUCAUUCAACAUAUUCACUGAAUGUAUGAUUCCCAAGGGUAUCAACAAUAACAUUGAACUCAAGAUUGCAUCCUGUGAUUAUCUCAAUACAACACUUGUCAAUGUCUAUCAAAACCCAGUUAUUACAUCUUUGUCAGCAAUACCCCAGCUCAACUCUCUUAUAAUUGGAGGAUCCAACCUAAUUCCUAAUCAAUUGCCAUAUGAUCAAAACUCAUGGAUUGAGUUGACCAAUCAACAAUCACAAAUAACCAAAUUCAAUGAAACAUUUGUUAAUGAAGCCAAGAUCACAGUGAGUACCAAUGUCCUGCAAUCACAAUUCACAACCGUAAAAGUAGUAGUUGGAGGACGUCCUUCCAAUGUCAUGAAUAUUCAAUACGACUUUAAUGUAUUUGUUCAACUUUAUCAAGACAAUAAUUUUGAUGGAAUAAGACAACCAAAUGAACCAUUGUUAACUGGAACAGUUAUCUUCUCAACUGGAACUAUCAACCAAACCAUUUCUAUAACUGGAAGUGGAGGUGUGCUCACUACAGCGGCUGGAAUCUACUCUACCAUCAUUAGUGUCGGUUCCAACUUCGUGGCUCCAUUGAAUAACUUUAAGGUUGAAGUGUUUGGUAGUAUCACCAAUCAAUACUAUAUUCCAAUUUGGGAAAAGAAAUCUUGUGUUAAAUCCUACACAGCGACCGACGGACAAACCAUUGUCACACUCCAAGAAGGAACAAUCAAUUUGAGAAACUAUGGAAUUUGUUCCAAUACUCAAAAUUGUUUAUAUCCUAUCACUGUUACUUCUCCACCUCAGUGUAUUGCCACAUCCACCAAUGACGUUGUUACUAUUACCCAAGGAAUUCCACUUACCCUAACAUUCUAUAUGGAUAACAAUUUGAAUGGAAUUAAAGAUGCCAAUGAGAAUGCACCAGAUCCAAAUGUUAUUACCAUUAUCUAUUCAAAGGAUGGAAGUGGUAUUAACAAUCAACAAUUGGUGUCAUCCGGACAAGAAACACUUUAUGUUUCGAGUGGAUUGCUUAAAGUUUCAUUCCAAUUCGAUCAAUAUUCAAAACCAACACUCUAUUCAAUCGUCAGUGGUAAAGCCUAUGAUAUUUCCGGUUCAGUAUCCGAUUCGUUUGGAUUCUACAAAUGGAACUACGAUUCUGUACCACCGGUUGCAUUCUACAAUUCAUUGAGAUAUAAACUAUCUCUCCCAGUCGGUAAAUAUAAUUUACAAACACUCCAGAAUAUGGGUUGGUCAGUUCAGAGCAAUAAGAUUUCCAACGGUAUAAUUACAGCAAUCAAUGCAUUCAACAAUAACCAAAGAGUUACAUUCUCAUCAUCGAGCACAGAUAUCAAUUCGGUUGUUCUCCAAACCAAUGCACCAUCGGAAAUCUCGGUUUCACCAUUCUCCAAUGUUUUGAUUGAAGUAUCCUAUAUCCCAAUGUUCAACUCGUUCACAGGAUUAGAUCAAGCAGGUGGUCAAACAUCCACUGAAUUCUUCUCACCCUAUCUUACUCUCCCAUCGAUUUACUAUGGUACUCCAAGCUUCAGCAAUUUAAUGAAUUGCCAAUCUAUCAAUGGAAAUCAAUCACGUUUUCAAUGUAUAAUACCACAGGGAAGAGGAACAGUUCAAUUGUCAAUGAAAUCAACAUCACCAUCACAAGAACAACUCUAUCCAUUCUCAGAGUACAAGAUGCUCUACACAAACACUGUUAUUCAAGGUACUGUCUAUGAAGAUACCAACGCUAACAAUCAAAAAGCUUCUGAUGAAAAUGGUAUUGCUGGAAUUGUUGUUAAGCUUGGAACCACAUUUACAACAACCACCAAUGCUGCUGGUUUCUAUUCGUUCACAGUGCCUUCAGACCAAUCAAGUUAUGUACUCUCUGUUGUUUCAACAGCCACCUUUCUUCCUACCAACCGAAAUUACAGUCAAUCCAACUCAAUUGAUACAAAGAAAUGUCAAGUAACACUCACCUCAGGUACUAAAACAAUGUAUCUACAAUAUGGAACGUUUAACCUUGCAGACUAUGGUUGGUGUAACCCUCAACUUAGUACAACAUGUACAAUGAGUGUGAUUUCAAGUACAACUCCACCAGAUUGUGCUGUAGAUUUCAAUAACCUCUCCUAUGUCAGAGUUAGAUAUGCCAACCUUGUCAAUUUAAAUCUCUACAUUGAUCAGAAUUUGGAUAAUAUCAUCAAUGAUGGUCCUUCACCAGGAUUAUUCGAACUAACAGUCACCAAAAUAUACAAUUAUUUCCCGGACAAUUCAUAUUCUUUGGUUACAUACACCGGAAGCACUAAAGCAAAUAUUGAUGUUACAAACAAAAUUAUGGUUGAAUUUACACCAGUCAUCAAUACUCGACCAGUGGUAUCUGGUUCUACACAUAUUAUAACCAAUGGUCAGACUUUGAAAUUCCCAUUCUUCAAAUACCAAUACUCAGCUCCAUCUCAGAAAUUCUUUGACCAACCAGGUAACACUGGUCAAACACUCGAACUUCCAAUUGGAGUGUAUGAAAAUGGCUAUCUCUCUGGACUCCCAGUGUCUUGGGUAAACAAAGUGAAAUCAUUCACAGUGGCCACAUCACUCAAAGUUUUAUUAGUCUACAAUGCUAACUUACCAGACUCUUAUGGUGUUGUAUAUACUGAAGGACAACAAGGUGUUCCAUCGCCAAAUUUGUUGAAAUUCGUUAUUUUCUCAGAUACCGCACUGGUCACAAACAACAUCAAUAUUCCAAACACUGGUGGCUCGUUCAUAAUUAACAAUUGGUCAAGUCAACCUCCACAAGUUAGAUAUUGUCCAUAUACCGAUGCCCCAUAUUCAAUUUGUCCACAAUUAGCAGACCAAUCUAAGUAUCAAUGUUCAAUUCCCGCUGGUACCUAUAACUGCAAAAUCGAAAUUAAAUAUGGAAAUUUAGAAAUGUAUGGAAACUACCAAUUCACCAGAAUUGCACCCACGAUCACAGGAUUUGUCAAACAACCAUCGAGAACGUUUUCCACCGAACUUUUGAUCAAAGGUGAAAACUUCCCCCCAUCACAAGAACUAUCUUCUUACUAUUCAUAUGAAUCUUCCGUGAAAAUAGGUGCAUUAUCUUGUGAAUUGCUUUCAUUCAUCAACUCCACCACUAUCUCAUGUUUAACAGUUGCUUUUGGAAAUUCUCUUCCUGAUGCCAGUGUCAUCUCCUUGAGAAUAACGAAUCAACCAAAUACUUACACCUAUAAUUUCAACUUCCUUUCUUCGAAAUGUGCUGGUGCUCAGAUUAAAAAUGGAUUCGCAACAUAUAACUAUGCAAUUGGAACAAGUACAAACACUAUAUAUACCUUUGAUACUCUGGUUUGUUCGUGGUUCUGCUAUUGCACUGUUGCCAUGGAUUGGCCUGCAAAUAAUCAAGAUUGGAAUGUUGCUAUGAACUCAAUGACAUACUCUGCACCUAGACCAAUAUCAUUUAAUAUGUAUCUAACUGUAUCAUAUGCAAAAUGUAUUAGUAUUACUCUUUAUCGCAUGCCAGGUACACCUCGUCCAAUCCCAAGAACCUUUGAGAAGGGAACUUAUACAUUUGAUGCCGCCGAAGGUAUGUAUGCAUUGAUAACUCCACAAAUCGGUUGCAAAGUUAUCUUGUUUUUGGAUGACAUAACAGCACUCAAUGUGGUUUCAUCAUUCGAUCCACUAAAUUUCCCCAACUACCGAUGGAAAUCGACACCACUAUCCAAAAUCAUUAUUUAUGACUCCGAUGAUUAUUACGGUGGUAACCCAGUGACACCAACCGGACCGCUUGUUUCUUCACCACCUCUACUUGGAAUGGCCCAAGUCUGCUUUGAAUCCAAACAAUAA